ACCAACUUCACUUUGAACCGGUUCGGCAAAAUGUCAUCGAUUUCGCAGUUGAGUGUCUCGUUGCCUUUCCUUUUUCUUAAAAUCAGUGGCUAUGAUGAUUGGAAACAAAAUUAUCAAGCCUAACGGCGCUGAGCCCGAUGAGUUCGAGAAAUCCAUUGCUCAAGCUCUUUUGGAGCUGGAAAUGAAUUCCGAAUUGAAACCACAAUUGAGGGAUCUUCAUAUCACCCGUGCUCGUGAAAUUGAGUUCAACAACAAGAAAGCUGUCAUCAUCUAUGUACCAAUUCCAAAGCAAAAGGCUUUCCAAAAGAUCCAAAUCCGUUUGGUCCGUGAGAUGGAGAAGAAAUUCUCUGGCAAACACGUCGUGUUCAUUGGCGAACGCAAGAUCUUACCUAAGCCAACCAGGAAGUCAAGGAAUCCUCUGAAACAAAAGAGGCCACGUUCCCGCACUCUCACCUCAGUGUACGAUGCCAUCCUCGAAGAUUUGGUAUUCCCCGCUGAAAUUGUCGGCAAACGCAUCCGCGUCAAGCUUGACGGCACACAAUUGAUCAAGGUGCACUUAGAUAAGAACCAACAGACCACCAUUGAACACAAAGUUGACACCUUCACUUCAGUGUACAAGAAAUUGACUGGACGUGAUGUAACUUUCGAGUUCCCAGAAAACUACUUGUAAAUUUUUUUUUCAAGAUUACGUUUAAAACAUUCAAAAAAGGAAUAAAAAAGAUACGUUUUUAAAAAAAAA